AGAAAUGUCUUUAGUCAGUCUGCUGGGAAACAUUUAGUUUGAAGCUACAUAUCUAGUUUACAACCAUGUCAUUUAUAAAUGAGUGGAUAACAUUUUGAACCCCCUUUUGUAUCCUAUGACGGUUUAAUAACUCAAAUUAUCUCUGGUAAUUUUGGUUGUGUAACUUUUCAAACAGCCCAUUUAAACUGUAGGAGUCUUUCACAUGGUGCUGAAUGAUCCUGGGAAACCGACCCAUCUACUGGAACCACAAUGACAUGGUAGUCAGAGCAGCAGGGGGCCAAAUAUAGCUCCAUGUGGAACCAAGAGGUUGGAGAGAGAAAAUCAGUUUGAAACUGUUUCCUAUCAGAGUUCAGUUUGUCUCUCUGUCUUCACAAACCAGGAGCAUCACGGGCUGGGCGGGGCUUCCACUGAUGGAGCUACUGAGAAAAUACAAGGAGCUGAUUGGCUGAUGGACAGGAAGUUAAAAAUAUACAGAUAAAUGACAUCACAAAGCAGAUUUUGUUGGUAUUGAAGAGACAUUACAAAAUGUUUCAUUGAGAGGAAGAAAGGAACAGGAAGAUGAGCAACAUCUAGUAAAGAUUAUCUAUGUUCAGAGAAACAAGUAGAGGAACUGAUCUAGAAUAUGUAGCAAUAGAGAAAAUAAUAAGUCUGCUGUCAAGCGGGCGCUGUACCGGUCUUGUGAUAGACACUGGUGAACGUGUCAGCCAUACUGUGCCCAUCUGUGAAGGCCACGCUCUUCCCCAUGUCGACCUGCGUCUGAAUCUGGCUGGCAGAGAUCUGACAGACUACCUGAUGAAGACCCUCACGGAGAGAGGCUACAGCUUCACUACCGCUUGUAAGCAUGAGAUCGUGCACAGCAUCAAGGAGAAGCUCUGCUAUGUGGCUCUGGACUUUGAGCAGGACAUGCAGAUGCAAGCUUCCUCCUCCUCCCUGGAGAAGAGCUAUGAGCUUCCUGAUGGCGAAGUCAUCACCAUCGGCAAAGAGUGGUUCUGCUGCCCAGAGGCGCUCUUCCAGCCAUCUUUCAUCGGAAUGGUGUCUGCUGGUGUUCAUGAAACCACUUACAACAGCAUCAUGAAGUGUGAUGAGGACAUCGGUAAGGAUCUGUUCGACAAGACUGUCCUGGCCGGCAGUACCACUAUGUUCCCUGGAAUCGCUGACCACCUGCAGAAAGAGAUCAGUUCCCUGGCUCCAUCCACCAUGAAGAUCAAGGUAUGA